CAUUCCAUCCAUAUCUUCUAUAAUAUACACUUUUAUAAUUUUUUGUAUUUAAAGUUGUUCAUUUAUAAUAAUUAUUUUUAAUUCAUCCUUUAGUAAUACUGUGAUUAAAUUGAAGCACUUCAUCUGAGAAAGGGCAGCAACAUUGGAAAAUGGAAAAAAGAUGCAAAUUGGGAGUGGGGAAGUUACGAGACUUAAGCACUUAGUCCGUUUAGCCUCUGUUCGCCGUCCAUCUGCCAGGGAGAGCCAGCAGCCGCAGCAACCGUCGAGAACCUUCGCCGCUGUCGUCGCCGUCAACGCUAGGGAUUCCGACCGACGUCCUCGCCUCGUCCCUCCGUCACGCGCAGCAGGCCGGCGAAACUAGGGAAGAGUUGCAGCGGCGAAUUCACUCCGAUUCAAGUUCAAUUCGUCGUUUUUCGAGGUAGGAACACGGAAUUUGAUGGGCAACCCGGAGGGCAGUGAAGUGGUGGUGGCGUGGAUGGCUCUUGUUUACUUUAGUAAUUAAACUACAUUAUUUUAU